AUGCACAUCGAGAUAAGCCAUUAUUGGCUGAAUGACUAUGCGUCGAAUAUAGGUUUUGGAAUAUUUCAUUCAGGAAUUGAAGUUUAUGGUGUUGAGUAUGCUUAUGGUGGGCAUCCCUACGCAUUUUCUGGUGUAUUCGAAAAUUCGCCACAGGAUGCUGAGGAGCUAGGAGAAAAUUUUAAAUUCAGGCAAUGCAUUGUGAUUGGCGAAACUGCUUUUUCGGCUUCAGCUGUUCGGGAACUUAUAAAGUCUCUCGGACAAGAAUAUCGUGGUGAUCGCUAUCAUCUUAUAUCACGAAACUGUAAUCACUUCAGUGCCGUUCUUGCUAAAGCCCUCACGGGAAACGACAUUCCAACGUGGAUCAAUCGUUUAGCUAAUCUUAGUGGAUCUAUUCCAUUUUUAGAAAGGUGUUUACCACAGGAGUGGUUAACGCCGGUGGCAUUGCAGCAGUCACUAGAUGAUCAACGUAGCUCAGAUCGCACAAGAUCUGCUGUAAAUGACAGCCACAAGAGGUUGUCGAUUGAUUCUGCUGAAGAUGCUUUGGAUGUCAAGUUAAACGGUAUGCAAUGUAUUGUGAUUGGCGAAACUGCUUUUUCGGCUUCAGCUGUUCGGGAACUUAUAAAGUCUCUCGGACAAGAAUAUCGUGGUGAUCGCUAUCAUCUUAUAUCACGAAACUGUAAUCACUUCAGUGCCGUUCUUGCUAAAGCCCUCACGGGAAACGACAUUCCAACGUGGAUCAAUCGUUUAGCUAAUCUUAGUGGAUCUAUUCCAUUUUUAGAAAGGUGUUUACCACAGGAGUGGUUAACGCCGGUGGCAUUGCAGCAGUCACUAGAUGAUCAACGUAGCUCAGAUCGCACAAGAUCUGCUGUAAAUGACAGCCACAAGAGGUUGUCGAUUGAUUCUGCUGAAGAUGCUUUGGAUGUCAAGUUAAACGGUAUAUUCUCGAGCCACAGUGGUAUCCGCCCGUGGGAUUUACGUGCGGUGAUAACUCCUCACCACUUUCAUCUGGUACCGACAGUCGCAACGGGUCGCCUCCAUCAAUACAACGGAUAUGGGCACAAAUCAAGUCAACAAUGGCUGGAGACAUUCGGCCCUGAAGAGGCCAUGUUUUGGGCUCAUCUGCUCAAACUUCGAAUACAGUGCCAAACUCCGCAACGGUGA